AUGACCCUUGCACAGGAGCUCACGGCCAGAUCCCUAUUUCAAACAAACAUCAGAACAAAGGGUCAUAGUGGACCAGCAGUGGGAAUUCAGGCACUCCGUAGUGGGGAUAGUCAGAGCUCUGGUUUGUGCCCAACAGGAGGGCUGGGCUGGGAGACAGGGCUUUUCCUAGGAGAGAAGAUUGUGGAAGGUGGGAUGAAGAAGAUGAGGGGAGGGUGGCGUCAGUUAUCAUUGUCAUCUCACCUGACAGGUCAGGCCUUAGUGCAGGGCUGCUUUCAUUGGCUGAGUCAGUCAGGCCAGAGGCAGGCUGGUGGAAUACGGGCCAAAUAUUGCCAGAGUGUGCUGUUCCUUCAUAAAGAGAGGAUGAGCUGCUCAGAGCUCAGCAAGAGUUUCAGGACCAUGGUCAAGAUGAGUGGUAUCUUUAUUUUGGGGAUCCUGCUAUCCAUCUCCAACUGCCUUGCCUUCUACGAGGACCUUUUCAGGUGCUUCCAGGGCCCUGAUUACGAGAACUUCCUCUUCAUAGCCCAGAAUGGGCUCCAUGCCUCCCCACUGCCCAAGAGUGUGGUGGUAAUAGGAGCUGGCUUAGCAGGCCUAGCGGCAGCUAAAACCCUACAAGAUGCUGGUCACAAGGUCACCAUCUUGGAGGCCAGUAGCCACAUCGGAGGUCGGGUGGUCACAGUCAGAAACAAGACAGAAGGGUGGUGGUACUUCGAACUAGGACCAAUGCGAAUUCCAGAAAGCCACAAGCUAACCCACGCCUAUGUCAAGAAGUUUGGCCUAAAGAUGAAUAAGUUCAUUCAGCAUGAUAACAACACCUGGUACCUAUUCAAUGGACAGCAUUAUCGUGCCUGGGAAGUCGAAGCUAACCCAGAGAUCUUGGGCUAUUCCACGGACCCCUCAGAGAAGAACAAAACUGCCCAAAACCUCUUUGACUAAGCAGUCAUUAAGAUCAAACAAGAUGUGAAGACAUCCAACUGCAGCCAACUGAUGUCCCUUUAUGACUCUUAUUCUACCAAGGCUUUUCUGGUGAGGGAAGGAAAGCUGAGCAAAGGAGCAACCAAGAUGAUCGGGGAUUUGUUGAACGAGGACCCUGGACACCACAAGUCCCUCCUGGAGUCCCUAAGGAGUCCUAAUACCUUCUCCAGAACUGAUGAAUUUUCAGAGAUCACUGGUGGCUUUGAUCAACUCCCCAAUGGCUUCAAUGCUAGUCUGAAGUCUGGUACCAUCCGUCUGAGAUCCAGAGUAGAAGCAGUGGUGAGAAACGGGCCGAAGGUUGAAGUUUUGUACCGCACUGAUGAGCCCAUCUUCCCACUGCGCAAACUCACUGCUGAUGUCAUAAACUCAGCCUCCGCCAAGGCCACACGCCUCAUCACCUUCCAGCCACCCCUGUCCCCAGACAAAACACAUGCCCUGCGCUCUGUGCAUUAUACCAGUGCCACCAAGGUGGUUUUCGUGUGCAACGAAUGCUUCUGGGAACAGGAUGGCAUCCGGGGAGGCAACUCCAUCACAGACCGGCCCUCACGCUACAUUAUCUAUCCCAGCCACAGCCUGCCAGGUGGCAAGGGCAUGCUGCUGGCCUCUUACACUGUGGGCGAUGAUUCUUUCUUCUUUGCUGCCAUGAAGCCCGACCAGGUAGUGAAUAUUAUCCUGGAUGAUCUGGCUGCUGUGUACCACAUACCCAAGGAGGAGCUAAAGUGCAUGUGCCCAAAAGCAACUGUCAAGCACUGGGGGUCUCUAGACCCCCUCACCAUUGGUGCCUUUGCUGAGUUCACACCCUACCAAUUUGUGGACUAUUUGAAGCAGCUCUCCCAGCCAGAGGGUCGCAUCCACUUUGCUGGAGAGCACACCAGCCUGCCCCACGGCUGGAUAGAUACUGCCAUCAAGUCUGGCCUCAGGGCUGCCAAGGACAUUCAGGCCAUGGUGGACGAGGAGGUUACUCAGGGACAGAUGCCCCGCUAG